AUGGCACCUUCAGUCGCAGAGAUAGCCCCGGCGCCAGGGACGACACUGCCCACCUCCAUCAAAAACCCUGUCUCUGAGCCGACCACACGCUUGGUCAACCCGCCAGCGGUCCAGAGCCUCGGCAGGAAAAAGAACGGUGAUUUACUCAAGAUCAGAGAGUAUCCCAAGUUCGAUAAUCUCGAGGAUGAGCGGCUAUAUCGUAAACAGCACCUCGCUGCCGCAUUCCGUGUUUUCGCCGACCGUGGCUUUGACGAGGGAGUCGCCGGGCACAUCUCGGUCCGCGACCCAAUCCUGACAGACCACUUUUGGCUGAACCCUCUCUCCAUGCACUUCUCACUGAUCAAAGUCUCGGACCUCAUCCUCGUUGACGAGAACGGCCUGGUGGUCGAAGGCGACGAGCCCAUCAACAGUGCCGCCUUCGCCAUCCAUUCGGAGAUCCACAAGGCGCGGCCAGAUGUCCACGCGGCCUGUCACGCGCACAGUGUGCACGGUAAAGCCUUUGCCGCCUUUGGCCGCGAGCUCGAGAUGCUCACACAGGACUCGCUGCGCUUCUACAGAAGCCACGGCGUCUACCGCGAUUUCAAGGGCGUGGUGCUCGACAGCGAGGAGGGUAAGCGCAUCGCACGUGCUUUGGGCGAUGGCAAGGCUGCUAUCUUGCAGAACCAUGGCUUGUUGACUGUCGGACAGAGCGUCGAUGAGGCGGCGUUUUGGUUCAUUAGUUUGGACAAGACAUGCCAUGCGCAGCUGCUGGCGGAUGCGGCGUCGGCAGGCGGGUACAAGAAGAUCCUCAUCGACGAUGAGGAGGCUGCAUACUCGGCGCCGCAGGUAGGGGGGCCGGAGAAGGGCUGGUUGGCGUUCCAGCCAUACUACGAUGAGCAGGUGGCCAAGACCAAGGGCGACUUCUUGAAUUAG